UUUUCCCAUACUCUCAGCGCACGUACAUACUCAAAAUCAUCUUUUUGGAAGAUGCCCCCUUCUAAUCACAUUAUGGGCUUUUGGGAAGCUUCCGGUAAAUUCUUCUCCGAUACAUGGGCGCUUGAGCUAUUGCUUCUCCUUGUAUCAUGGAUCGCACUAUUCACAACGGUUGGUCUACUCUUGCGAUACAAUCAACAACCAAUUUUCACGUGGCUUAAUGUGUCACUAAACGCAAUGGUCUCCGUUCUUGGUAUCGUCUUCAAGUCGUCGUUACUCUUUGUAUUGUCAUCUUGUCUUGGUCAAUGGACAUACAUAUCUUUCUCUGGUCCUCAACGUCAACCGCUAUUCAACUUCAUUACAUAUGAUAGUGCCAGUCGAGGACCAUUUGGCAGCUUGCUGUUGCUGUGGAGGACACGGAUGAGUUCAUGGGCUGCGAUAGGUGCUUGCACUGUCGUUAUAGCGUUUUUCGUCGACCCUUUCCUACAACAAAUCAUCAGCUUGCGAGAAACGCAAACAGCAUCAAUACUAUCUCCGCCGAGUGUUCCUCUCGCUAUACAUUAUGAUAAGGGCAUAGAAAGGUCGACUAACGUUGCAUUAAGGUCACAUUCCUCGACGCUAUCAUCAGUCUCCGACUUCUCCAUGCAAGCUGCUAUCCUUUCGGGACUCUCUGGAGCCAAAGGAGUCCAAGCCAUCGAAGUACGGUGCCCUACAGCAAUCUGCCAAUGGGGAAAUUUCAAAACACUUGGUGUUUGCUCGACAUUCAAAAAUCUGACUGGCGAGAUAUCGAAGAUAUCGAAGCUGUGGAACAGUUCUAUCCCUGCAUUUGCCCCUCCGGUGUCUUCGAAAUCCCGUAUCUCGCAACGAGAUCGUCAUAAUGAUAAGCUCAGCGAGCCAUGGAAGAUAACGAACGUUUCUUUUUCCUCGCCUAAUUCCUCCUCUAAUUCCUCACUGUCGGACUUCUUCUGGUCUGUGCAGCGAUCACGUCUUGGUGACGAUUUUAGUAGGCCUAUAAACAAGCCGAAUGGUACUUUAAUAGACUACUACUAUUUACCUAAUCACCUUUACGUCGAGACAUACAAGUGGAAUGAAAUUCGUAUGGUCAGUCUCUCUGGAAAGAACCGGAGUAAAACAAUCUCUUACAAGGACCAAAAAACUAUGCUAUGGUCUUUUGCGGUUCUCCAGGAUACCGCUCCUCUCCAGGAUAUUGAAGAUCCCGCCCAACCUGUCCACAGCUUCAUCGCCUAUGAAGUCAGCUUAUCGAUGUGUGUCAAAGAAAUUACAUCAAGGUCAAUCAAUGGGACACUGGAUGAAACGUCAAGAGACAUCAACGCAUCAGUUGUCAAAGGUGGAGGGCCGAAGAACGAGGAAGUGCCAGACAUGAAUCCUGGAAUGCUCGCACAGUCGUAUGAAGAAUCAAGGGAUGAUCUUGAGUUUGAAGGGGGAAUAACUAUUGCUCAACACUCUCUAAAUGGUAUAGCCAGCGCUUUGAGAACUGCGUUCGCAAUCACAACUGAAGAGGACACCACUGGAUACUACAUUUCGGGCAAUUAUAAUGGUAUUCGGUAUGCACCUAACUCAAUGGAGCGCGUAUACAAUUCGCCUGACCCCAAGGCUUUGUUCGAAAACGUUGCCGAAAGCAUGACAAAUAAUCUUCGUACGAACGACGCACAAGCUAGUCUUGCAAGGGGCACGCAAGAGAUCACGGUAUAUUGGGUCCGCUGGGCAUGGAUCUCCCUCCCAGCUGCAGCACUCUGGGGCGGAACGGUGUUUCUCUUCGUGACAAUCCAUAUGACGCGCAAAUAUCGAGCGUCCUUGUGGAAAUCUUGUGCGUUGGCUAUGCUGAAAUCUGGAGAGAAGACAGCGGGCGCUUUUGAUAACUGCAAAAGCGUCAGCGCAAUGGAGGGAGUUGCCGAGAAAACAUUUCUAGCCAAUUUAAAGUAAAAGGUUAAUGAGUUAGUAUGUACUCUCUUGCACUACAUCUCUCUGAUAUGCUUGUCACCUCUACACAUCUGAGCAUCUGAACUAAACUUAAAUAUCUACCUACGCAUAAAAUUAGCAAAGAGCAUGUGUCCGCAAACUAUAGCUUUCAGGUAGCAUGAUUUAGGAGAUAUCAAUAGUAAUAUGGGUGUUGCAUCCCUGGCCCAGUGCUGAAAGCGCAACUCCUUUUGUGAAACUUUUUGUCCUCGCCUGCUUUUUGUCACUACUUUUUUAUCAGCCUUUUGAUUGCAGGAAGCACUGUACCUUCCAAUAAAAUAAAGACACUC